CUGUGGUCUUCCGUUUUGGUGCUGGUGAGGAAGGCAGUGGUGGAAGUUUUAAAAUGAGCGAGGCUGCCGGGCUGCGGCAGCGCCGACCCCUGCGGCCGCACGUCGUCACGGACAACGGCCAAAACCCGGAGGCCAAGGACGGCAGCUCCUUUAGCAGCAGAGUUUUCCGAGUGACCUUUUUGAUGCUGGCUGUUUCCUUCACCGUUCCUCUGCUUGGAGCCAUGAUGCUGCUAGAUUCUCCCAUAGAUCCACAGCCUCUCAGCUUUAAAGAACCCCCUCUCUUGCUUGGUGUUCUGCAACCAAAUACAAAAUUACGGCAAGCGGAAAGGCUAUUUGAAAAUCAACUUAUUGGGCCUGAGUCCAUAGCAAAUAUUGGGGAUGUGAUGUUUACUGGUACAGCAGAUGGCCGGAUCAUAAAAUUUGAGAAUGAAACCCGAGAUGAUGAGCCUACUUGUGGGAGACCCCUGGGCAUCCGGGUGGGGCCCAACAGGACCCUUUUUGUGGCCGAUGCAUACAAAGGACUAUUUGAAGUAAAUCCCUGGAAACGUGAGGUGAAAUUGUUGCUGUCCUCUGACACACCCAUUGAGGGGAGGAAAAUGUCCUUUGUGAAUGAUCUUACAAUAACUCGGGAUGGGAGGAAGAUUUAUUUUACGGAUUCCAGCAGCAAAUGGCAAAGACGAGAUUAUCUGUUUCUGUUUAUGGAGGGAACGGAUGAUGGGCGCCUGCUAGAGUAUGAUACUGAGACCAAGCAAGUAAAGGUUUUACUGGACCAGUUGCGGUUCCCUAAUGGAGUGCAGCUUUCUCCUGCAGAAGACUUCAUCCUGGUGGCAGAGACAACCAUGGCAAGGAUAAGAAGAUUCUACGUAUCUGGCCUGAUGAAGGGAGGGGCCGACCUAUUUGUGGAGAACCUGCCUGGAUUCCCAGACAACAUCCGGCCCAGCAGCUCCGGGGGGUACUGGGUCUGCAUGGCAAACAUUCGCUCCAACCCUGGGUUUUCAAUGUUGGAUUUCUUAUCCGAGAGACCUUGUAUUAAAAGAAUGAUUUUUAAGGUAGAAGAGUGCAGGAACAAGGAUGUCACAGUAAACAAAAAUCAGCUGUUUAGUCAGGAGACGGUGAUGAAGUUUGUGCCACGGUAUAGCCUCGUCCUAGAACUCAGCGACAGUGGGGCCUUCCGGAGAAGCCUGCAUGAUCCUGACGGGCAGGUGGCUGCCUACAUCAGCGAAGUGCAUGAGCAUGAUGGGCACCUAUACCUGGGUUCCUUCAGGUCCCCCUUCCUCUGCAGACUCAGCCUUAAGUCUAUCUAGCUGCCCAGAUUGCAGCUCUGAUCGCGGCUGUAACAAGAGUUGGCACACUGGGCACCACACCUGGUCCAGGAGGCACCAUGGACACAGCCCUUUUCACCUGAAGUAUGGUGUGACCCUGCGGAUGUAUGUGUCUUUGUAGGACAGCCCUCAUUUGGAUUUGACUUUGCAUUUAGAGGGAAGCAUAACAUAUGCUGUUGGAAGAUAAGUUUAUGUAAAGCCAUUUUCUCUUUAAAAAUUCUAAGUACAGUACUUCACGCACUUUUAGCAGGCAUCAGGGUUUGAUGGGUAGAGCAGUAGAUGAGUUGUCCAGGGAUCUUAUUUAGCUACUGGCUCUGACCUUUCAGCCUCAUUAUCUUUAUUAUAAAAUGGGGUGAUGCCUGUCUUAGGGGGAGGAGCACAGGAAGGGCAAGGAUUGCUCAGUGCAAAAGUGCUUGUGUAAGUGCAGACCUUAGCACUGUAUUCUCCAGAGUUGUGUGGGACAUAGACCUUUGACAGAAAAGCCCUGGGCUUUUCUUUCCUUUGCUUCCACUCUCCAACCUACUCCAGCUCAUAACAGGGUUUUUAAAAAAAACUCCUGAAUCCCGUCAGUCAUAUAAAGAGAAGGACUUGAAUAAGUACAUAAGGGAAGCAUGUUGAUUUCAAAAGCUCUGAGAGGGCUAGUUGGAUUUCUCUCUGAACAACCUACCACAUGAAUUGAAUGACCCAGCAGCUAGGUGAAUUUAGGGCAGUCCUCACGUCCAGACCCACAGAUGUGAAUAGUGCACGUGUUAAUGUCAUAUUUGCUUGAGAGUCACAAGCCCGAAAGUUGUAUGUCUACACACUGGUCAUAAUUUUGUCAGGGAGACCCAUGUAAUGAUGAUAAUGAAAUAAACUUUUAUUCUCAUUAGCCUUUUCUGGUGGUGUUGCCUAGGAGUUUCUUCUCUCUUUAAAUAUAAUUAUCAGUGACUGAAAUUUGAUUUCAUCCAGUGUUGCUAUGAGGAUUGUUGUGGCUAGGUUUUGUUUUAGGAACAAGCAGUUUAUCUGUUUUGCUCAGGACUUCUCAGGAGGCAGCAGCUGGCUCAGCCCAUUGCCUUCCCUCGUGCCUCCUGGCAUUGAUUCAUUCUUGGGUAAGUUGAUAUUACACUGCUCUGUUUUCUAACUUACAAAAUGGGGCUAAUACCUGCUUCUGAAGAAAGAACAGAGAAUAGUCCUAGAGAAUAGUUUGUGCUUCUGAGAUAGUUUUUAAGAACUUUUGAUAAAGACAAUAUUUUAAAUAGGUAAUGAUACUAAAAUUCAAAGAGGAUUGAGAACUGUGGUAAAAUCUGAACCUUUGUGUCCUGUUGUACUGGCUGGCCUUCAACCCUUUCACUCCCUUUUCCAGCUGCAGCCACCCCACAACCCCAUGCCCUGGUUAGCCUCAUGUUUGGGGAAGGAAGUCUAGAGUCUAGUGGUCAGCUCAUCUGGUGUCACCCUCCUGAGGCUGGCUUUAUAUGCAGCAACAGUAGAACAGAGCCAAAGAAUGGCUUCAGUCUAGUUGAUGCAACCCGUGUUGUCUCAGAUGAAUGACUUAAUAUU